CCCUAUCAUAUUCAAACACCAAAAUUAAUACCUUUCAGACUCACUGAAUUGAAGCAGAGAACGAAGCAAAUAUGAAAUUCACGGACUCACCGGUGAUACAGCUUCAAGUGCGCGAUUCCCAACUCUCUAUCCAACAAGACAAUGGCUCCUUCCACGUUGGUACCUCCGUCUGGCCUUGUUCUUUGGUUCUAGCCAAAUUCGUAGAGCGCUGGGCACCAUCUUCGCCCACCACCACCACCGAUAACCCUUAUUACGACCUCCUUGAUUUUCACACCCGCUGUCGUCGUGCCAUCGAAUUGGGAACUGGUUGUGGAGCUGCCGGCAUGGCUUUCCACCUAUUGGGUCUCCAAGACAUCAUCCUCACCGAUAUAUCCCCUGUUAUGCCUGCGCUCAAGCAUAACCUCAAACGUAAUAAACCCGUUCUGGGUAAGAACAUGAAGACCUCGAUUCUUUAUUGGAACAACAAGGAUCAGAUCAGGGGCGUUAAUCCUCCGUUCGAUGUGGUGAUCGCGGCAGAUGUUGUCUACAUCGAGGAAUCGGUGGGUCAUUUAGUUGGGGCUAUGGAGGCGUUAGUAUCCGACGAUGGGGUGAUUCUGUUAGGGUACCAGCUGAGGUCACCGGAAGCUGAUAAGUUGUUUUGGGAAAUGUGUGAAAAGGUUUUCGUGAUCGAAAAGGUUCCUCAUCAGGAUUUGCACCCUGAUUAUGCCUAUGAGGAGACCGAUGUUUAUGUUUUCAGAAAGAAGAAGAACAAUAACAAUUAGCAGGAUGUAUGAUGUGUUUCAGCCCAGCAGCAAGGCUUGGGACCUUUCUGGGCUACCCCUUUAGCAAAUUUUAUACCAUAUUGGGAACUCCAUUUCAAGCAAAGUUUGCUUAAAAGCAAGCAGGGUCAAGCUUUCUUCUUCUAUUGGUUGUUGAACCUUCUGAAACUCAAUUUUGUGCCCUCCACUUGUGCUUGGUUGGUAUACGUGUUCCUGCUGUUAAUUGAUUUCUAUUUUUCUUUCACAUCAAGCUUCUUUUCGUUUUUAUUUCUUUCACUUUUUCCGUUCUACAAAUCUGAGUUUCAUGAAAUUGAAUUCAAUUUGUGUAGCAUGGGCGUUGCAUGUCACUUUGAUGCUUCUUAAAUAGAUAAAUGGAUGCGGGGCUACCUAGAAA